AUAGGUGACACUUACUGGCACUGAUUGGCAGCACUGAUAGGUGCACUGAUUGGCAUUGAUAGGUGGCACUGACUGGCACUGAUGGGUGACAUUGAAAGGCAGCUCAGAUGGGCACUGAUAUGUGGCAUUGAUGUGGCACUGAUGGGCACUGGCACGUGGCACUGAUGGGCACUGACAGGUGGCACUGAUGAGCACCGACAGGUGGCACUUCUGGGGCCACACUGAUCAUCAGGGCACAAUGAUCAGUGCCCUGAUGAUCACUGUCAGCGUGACAGCUCGAGAGGAGAGAAAUGCCGAUAACCAGCAUUUCCGUGUUUACAUGUGAUCAGCUGUGAUUGG